AUGGAUAAACCAGAUCAGCCACACAACUUCGAGCCUCAGAUAUACAAAUUGGAGAGAGGAGCUCGUGAUAAGCUCAUUAAUGACUACAAUACCAUGAACAUUUGGGACUUUAAUGACAAGUAUGGUGAUGUUUGGGAUUUCACCGUUGAGAAAGAUGAUAUCGCCACAAGAUAA